AUGUUUAAAAAAAAGUCAUUAGACUAUCAUAAAAGUCCUGUUAAAGCCUAGCAGCACAAGAUAGUAGAUAUACUCCAAGAUUUCGAAAAUCAAAUAUUAGGCUCAAAUUUACAAUUUUCAAGCGCUCAUGGGAUGAAAGAAUAGAUCAAGCCCUUAAUCUAACAAUGUAAAAUUCUUUUGUUUUCAACAACAAAUUAUGAGCAAGAAGCCGUCAAACUACUCUAAAAAUAAUAGACAAAGGGCAUGUGUGCGAAACCCUUAUUCUUUGGGGAUAUAAUAUGGGAGUGCUUCGAUUGCCAAAUCUAGCCUCUUUGUAUCUAGUGUGAGGAGUGUUUUGAAAAGACUGAUCAUACAGGACACAAGGUAAUAAUGCAUAAAAAUCUUAAUGGAUCUUGCGACUGUGGAGAUGCCAAUAAUUGGAAGCCUUCAGGAAACUGCAGUGAUCAUUAAGGCACUAAAGAAUCUAUUCAAGCCUCAAUGAAGAAUAUUGAUCAAAAUAUUCUGAUAAAUUCAGGUUAUGUGAUUUAAUAUCUAGUCCAAUCUAUUAAGAAGCACUGUCUAAUUCUGUAGAAAGAUCCUAGUAAUUAAUUUUUGCAAUCCAUGAUUUAUAUGCUUUGUGAUUUCUUUAUUUGGAUGAUUGAUCUCUCUCCAGCUUUCAUCUAAAUUACUGAAGAUGUCAUAAGAAAUUAAGUUGAUGAUAGUGAGAGUUUUCUUCGAUUAAACAAGUCUCUGAAUCAUAAAUGUGGAGUUUAUCUUUAAAUCAACGUGGAAUUGACUCCAUUUAAAGCAGAUUAAAAUUCUCUAAAUUUAACAAGGUUCAAAGAUAUGUGUUACUGCAAUAUGUUUGAUUUAUUAGCUUAGGUAAAUCAUUUGUUUGAUAAGGACGCUCAAAAAGUAAUGUACACACUUGGAUUGAAAUUCAUUUAAAGUGAUUACUUUAGAAUACUAGUUGGAUUAUCAUUAUUCAGAAGUUAUGAGGAGAUAUAAACUCAUAGAAAUGAUGAUAGUAGUUUUGGUAAUCUUUUCAUUCAGUUUUAUGCAAGUGAUUACUCUCAAUAUUAGACACUGAAGUAUCCUUAAAUUCGGGAAAUCAUCAUUGGUACAAUCAACAAACUAAUAAAAUAGUUCGUGCUUAAUCAAACAAAAGAAAAAAUGAGUCCACUUACAUAUUGCUAUACAGACUUAAUCAAAAUGACUUAGCCAAUUACAGCUGAAAUGCUAAUCCAGAAUACUGAUUUUAUUUUACAACUAAUUGAUCACCUGCAGGAAUAUUACUUCUUAGAUUUAACUAAAUAUCAAACAACCCAUGUUACCUAUGAGCAUCAGUUUGAAAGAAAACUAUAUCACUAAGCCAGUGGAAAGGUUUGCUAGGUUCUCUCAUGCUAUUUGGAUAGAGUAGAUCCAUUUGAUAUAUCUCUAAAUAGAAAGAUUAUGCAAAGAUUUAUGCUAAAUUUCACAUUAAUUGAUCAGAAAGUAUCAAAAGUUGAAGAAGAUCAAGCAUUUGCAUUAAUUCCUCUGCAUAAUGCUUUUUCUAGAUAUUUUACUCGUCUAGUAAUGCAAAACUACCUCAUUGAAGUAAAAGAAGAUAACUAUCUUAGUUCUAAAGAUUUGAUGAUAAGUAUAGCUUUUAGAUUUCUGAAUUCAAGCUGUGAAGACGAAGACAGAUAAAGACUAAUAGCGAUAAUUUUGAAACCUCUCACCAUUUCGUGGACAUUCAUCCAUGAGAUAGCUAGCAAUAAGUGGGUAAUGUGCGGAUAAAAGAUUAAACAGUCAUAUUAUUAUCUCUAUAACUAUAAUUCAACGAUAUACUACAACAUUGCUUUGUAUCAAAUUCUAAUCUCUGUUUCACCAAUCCCAGGCUAGAUAAUUGAGGGUAUUAUGAAUAUUUAAUAAAGGGAUUAAUGGAUGAAAGUUACUAUGAACCAUUUAAAAGAACCUUCAGCAAUGAGUGAGUCAUAUCUAAAUCAUAUUUAAGCUAAUUUUGAUGAGAAAAAGUUAAGUCAAAUGAUCUAUUUUCAAUUGAGACAACUUAUAACUAUUUGUGUAAAUGAGCUUCCUAUUCUUUACAAUUUAGUUGAUUUCGAAGUUAGCCCGAUGAUUUAGGAUGAAGUUAAAAUGAUGUUUGAAAAGGAUAUUAAGAGAAGUCUAGUUCACUCAAUGAUGAUUUAAGGAUUGAGGAGUGACAUUGAAAAAAUAAGAUAAUGUACCUUACUCAUUUAUGAGCAGUCUCCCUCAUUUGAAAAAAUUCUUCGAGAAAUUACUGAGUAAACUAGAGACAAUAACACUGGUAAGAUGAUUUUCAAAAUAAAGAAUGAGCUUCUAAAUCAAUUCGAUCCUUACUUUUAUGUAAUACCAGAAGAUCAAGAAAAGGCUUAUGAGAUUAUAAACUCAUUGCAAUAAGAGAAGAAAUUUGUAGAUGCUAAUAUUGGCGAUACAUUUGAGAAUUAUCAAUAUAGCUCAUAAAUAAAUUAGCUAGCUUCUGAAUCUCUAAUUAAUCCUCAUCUCAUUGAAUAUCUUUCAAAUUUGAUGGAGGAAUGGAUUGUAGAUUCAAGAAAAUUGCAAAAAGUUCAAGUGCUAAAUGAUAAGAUUGGAAAUUAAUGUCUUAAGCUUUUCUUAAUCAUUUUUAAAGCAGCAAACAAUUCUUAAUAAAUAGAACUGCAAUCAACAUUAAUCUAGAUUAUAUUAGCAUUGCCUUAAUUUUAAGGUGUCUUGGAAGCAAUAGGUAAGAAAAACUAGCAAUAUCAAAUUAUCGUUCAAAAAAUCAUAAAGGAGUUGAACAAACUAAAGGGUGAAGAAGACUAAAUUAUGAUGGACUUAAGCAAUUCAUAGACAGCCGCUGAUGAUUAAAAGAAACUUCAAAGAGACCAAGCUAAAUUAAAAUAAUAAGAGAUUAUGAAGAAGUUUCAAAACAAGAGGAAUAAUUUCGCUAAUUAAGUUCAAGAAGAAAGCAAAUAAUAAGAAGAGACUAAAUCUUAAAGUAGCUAUAAUAACUAAUAAACUAUCAAAUAGUGUUCUUUCUGUCUUGAAGAACUCUAAGACUCUAAAUACAUUAAUCAGCCAUUCGGAAGAUUCGCAUAUUUCACGUAGACCCAGAUACUUUUCUAAAGUAUUAAGCAAGCGAUGAGUCGAAAUAAAGAUAGAAUUUGUUAUGAUAAUGGAUAAUAUGAUGAGAUACUUAAACUUCUGGGGUUAAAUAUUCUAGAAAAUUCUACUUACACUAGUGAUACUAUCCUCAGAUGCAAUCAUUAUGCUCACGAUAGUUGCUUAUAAUACUAUUUAGAGUCAAACCAAUAAGGUUAAUAUACUUAAUAACAAAGAAAUUACAUUGGAAUUUCAAUGGAUUAAUUUUAUUGCCCUCUAUGCAAGAGUCUAUGCAAUAUGUUACUUCCCGAUAAUGAUCUUAGUGAGGUUCUCACUUUGAUACGUAGCUAGCAUGAUAGUCAUAAAUUUGCUUCUGUGUUAAAUUUUUCUAACGUGAUAAACAUGAAGAUCAGUAGUAAGUUGAAAUUAGAUGAAGAUACAGAUGAUUAAGGACAGAUUUAACUAGAUUCAGUUUUGAACUUUUUCAUCCAGAAUAUCAUGCUAUUAAAGAUAGACAAAGUUUAGUAAAAUUUCUUCAACUCUUAAUACUCUAAUGAAAUACUCAUUAAUUUUGAUGAUUUAAACUUGCUUCUAAGAAUGUCCUUGAACUUUACAUAAAUAGUAACGAAGAUCAGAGAACUAGGAGAUAAUAGCAAAAAAGUAAAUUUGAAAUAAGAAUACUCCUAACUUAUUAAUAAUAGAAUAAAUAAGGAAUUACUCGAGCUUGAAAAUGGAUUUGUUUAUCUCAAAGAUUUAACUUUAGUAUCAAUGCGAAUUAUCCUGCUCUUAGUAAUUGAUUAGUAAAGUACUGAAAAUGAACUUAAUAAGUCUAUAAGUUUCAUUUUAACUGCACUUUCAGAUCAUGCUCUUGUUUAGUAGAAUUUGAUAUCUAAAAAAUAAGGACAAAGCUCUUAAGCUAAUUGCUAUAUUCAUGAUAAUUUCUUGAAAUUAAAUGCUUAUAUGCUUUUGGCUAUAACCAAUAAAAAUUCAAAAUUCUAGGAUUCAUGGAUGAAAAAAAAUCAAAAGCUUUUAAGCCUACUAAGUAAAAACCAAUGUGAUAUUGAGAGCUUCAAAGCUUAUUUAGGCUUAAGUAACAAUUAUGAGGAUUAAUUCGGAAGAACUAAUUAAGAAUCAAUUACAAAUUUGCAAUAAUAUUUGGCUUUUGGAUCUAUUGCUGAUGAUGAAUAUUAAAAGAAUUCAAUAGAUUGUUACUAAGCUUUCUAUAAUAGUGUUUAUGCUUAAAAUAAGAAUCUUAUAGAUUACUCAUAGAACUAUUUGACAAAGAUUAAUCUUCCUUUUGAAUUCAUAUAAAUACCACACAACUUUUAACAAUUUGUACUCAAGUAUUACAAGCAAAAAUGUGAUAGAUGCAAGAAAGUACCUGAAAAUGGAGCUGUAUGCUUACUUUGCGGAUAAGUUUUAUGUAUGAAAACUGACUGCUGUUAAAUCAAUUCUAUUGCAGAAUUGACUCAUCAUUCAAGAGACUUUGAAGGAGGAGUUGGUGUUUAUAUUUGGAUAUAAGGAGGUUAUAUGUAUCUAAUUGAAAACGGUCGAGUAAUUCAGAAAUCUUGCCCCUAUGUCAAUUAAUAUGGAGAAUCGUUUUAACAAAAUAAGUCUAAGGAUUGGGAUUAAUUCACAUUGACAGGAGAACAGGCUGCACAUUCAUCCUCUAGUUUAAGUGAAAACUAUUGUGGAAGUUAUUGCUAGACUGGCAUUAUUGAUAAAAUAAAGAAAUAAUACAUUGAGCUAAGAAUCGCUAAUGAAGUCAUUAAAUAAAGACAAAUUAACUAAUUAAAUAUUAGAAUUGGAUCGAUUUGA